AUAUAUAGAGCUGCUCUGCUUUGGCCAGCAGCAGCAACACAAAACAUUCUAUAAGUAGAGGUAACAAAGCCAGAUGAAGGGCAGCACGCUGUUUGUGAUCCUGGUUCUCCAGGCAGCUCUGGUCAUGGGAAUCUUUGCAGUUGUGGCUAAAGAAAACGCUGCCGUCGGUGAGAGCAAGGGCAACACGGAGACCAACGGUGGCAAGCUCGGGUGCUGCACCAAGUGCAACUUCUCCUUCUCCGGCCUCUACACCUGCGACGACAUCGUCAGCAAGUGCGACCCCGUCUGCAAGGUCUGCACCGUCGUCAAGAAGUACCCCGUCAAGCAGUUCCAGUGCACCGACACCUUCCUCGGCAUGUGCGGCCCACCGUGCAAGAAGAACUAGGGCUCAGCAUGGCCCUCCUGACUGAGCUAGCUCACCUCACGCAAAUGUAUUCCACGCUACACGCCAUCAAUAAAAGCCGUCGAGGCUUCCAUCCAUCUAUCAGCUAGUAUGUAUGAGCGCCCCUGCUCAAUCGAGCAUGGGUGAAUAAAAUUUAUCGUCAAACUUUCCUCUGAUGUUCGAUGUUCAAUGCUUCAGUGCUUGAUCGAAUAUCCAAAAUACCCCAUUUGCUA